CAUAGAAAUUAGGUGCAGGAGUAGGCCAUUCGGCCCUUCGAGCCUGCACCGCCAUUCAAUAUGAUCAUGGCUGAUCAUCCAACUCAGUAUCCUGUACCUGCCUUCUCUCCAUACCCCCUGAUCCCCUUAGCCACAAGGGCCACAUCUAACUCCCUCUUAAAUAUAGCCAAUGAACUGGCCUCAACUACCCUCUGCGGCAGAGAGUUCCAGAGAUUCGCCACUCUCUGUGUGAAAAAAGUUCUUCUCAUCUCGGUUUUAAAGGAUUCCCCCCUUAUCCGGAUCUGACCCGAACUGUUACUUAUUCAUGUUCUCCAGCGAUGCUAACUGUCCGCUGAGUUACUCCAGCACGUUGUGUGCUUGUGCAGAUGCGGGAUGAUUGCAUUGGACGGCGGGUGGAGUUUAGGACCCAGUGAGACACAAACCUCACCUGGCUGUUCUCCCUCCCUCUCUCCUUCCCAGCGGCUUGACGUCAGGCGGAGUGCAGGGCUCGGUCUGACAGAGGGAGGGAGGGAAGGAGGGAAGGAGCAGAUUGCCAGCACGAGUGGAGGAGAGUCGCCGCUCGCCCGGCGCUCGUUAUGGGAUGUCCCCGGGACUGAAGCAGUGCAACAUGAUCGGCUCGCGGCGGUCCCUGCUCCUGGGCUCGGUCCGGCUGCAGCUGCAGCUCCUCGCCCUGCUCAGCCUCGGCACAGAGUCCCUGUCCAGGGAAGUUUGUUCCGGAAGUGAAAACAAGCUAACGAUUCUGUCUAAUGUUAAAGACCAUUACAACAAUCUUCGCAAGACUUACAAUGCUUGUGAGGUAGUGAUGGGCAAUCUGGAAAUAACCUUCCUGGAGUCACAUCAUGAUGUUUCCUUCCUUCAAAGUAUUCAAGAAGUUUCAGGUUAUGUCCUCAUCGCCCUCAACAAAAUUUCAAGGAUCCCGCUGCAGAAUCUUCGGAUAAUUCGAGGUCAUCGGCUUUACGAGGAUAAGUUUGCCCUUGUCAUUUUAUCAAAUUAUCAGCGGAAAAAGACCGCGCUCACUGAGCUACAUUUACAAAACCUCACAGAAAUUUUAUCUGGCACAGUGAAAAUUACGUCCAACCCUCAGCUUUGUUACUUACAAACGAUUCAUUGGGAUGACAUUUUGGACAAUGCCUCAGCAUCUAAUAUGGCUACACACUUCACUGAAAAGAAUUGCCCCAAAUGUCAUUUAAAGUGUCAAAAUGAAGCGUGUUGGGGUCCAGGUGUGGCGAAUUGUCAAAAAUUCACAAAGAAAAUCUGCGCUGAUCAAUGUUCAGGUCGAUGCAUGGGUCCCCAGCCCAGUGACUGCUGCCACAAUCAAUGUGCUGCUGGAUGUACAGGGCCAAGAGAACAUGACUGUCUGGCAUGCCGGAAAUUCAGUGAUGGGGAUACUUGUAAAGAAUCCUGUCCUCAUUUGUUCGUCUACAACACAAUCACAUUUCAAAUGGAGCGGAAUCCAAACGGAAAAUACAGUUUUGGAUCAUCCUGUGUAGAGAAGUGUCCACAUAACUACGCGGUGACAGACCAUGGCUCCUGUGUUCGAGCCUGCAGUCCUGGAACAUAUGAGGUGGAUGAGGACAAAAUCAGAAAGUGUAAAAGAUGUGAAGGACCUUGUCCAAAAGAUUGCAAUGGACUUGGAGUCCCACCGUUGAAGGAUGUUAUGUCAAUCAAUUCUACAAAUAUUGACUCAUUUAAAAAUUGCACCAAAAUUAAUGGCAAUGUGGUCAUUUUGGAAGUGGCUUUCACUGGUGAUAGCUACUCAAAAGCUGCUCCACUUCUCCUGGAGAAAUUGGAAGUCUUCAGAACUGUCAGAGAAAUAACAGGAUACUUUUUAAUUCAAAGUUGGCCAGCCAAUUACACAAAUCUUCAAGUGUUUGAAAAUCUUGAAAUUAUACGUGGCCGGACUCUGCAUCACAGUCAAGUAUCAUUUGCCGUGGUCAACUUGGGCAUAAGCUCCCUGGGACUGCGUUCACUCAAGGAGAUUAGUGAUGGCUACGUACGAAUCAUCAACAACACGAAACUCUGCUAUGUUCAGACCUUGAACUGGCUACAACUCUUCAAAUCUACCAAACAAUCACACUUUAUAACGAAAAGUAAACCAGACACAGAAUGCACUGCUCAAAGCGAGGUCUGCAACCCCCUCUGUUCAGUCCAUGGGUGUUGGGGCCCUGGUCCCCUGCAGUGCUUUUCUUGUCGUAAUUACACUCGUGACAGAACGUGUGUUGAGAAGUGUGACGUGUUUGAAGGGAAGGUGAGGGAGUAUGUGGAAGGAUCCCAAUGUUUUCAAUGUGAUGCACAAUGUAAACCACAGAAUGGAUCAAAAACCUGCAGUGACUCCGGCAACAGAAACUGUACUGAAUGUGCUAAUUUUAAAGAUGGCCUGCACUGUGUGAAAAGUUGUCCCUCUGGAAUCUCCGGAGAAAAUAAUACCCUCAUCUGGAAAUACUCCGAUGAGAAUAAGCUCUGUCAGCUAUGUCACCCAAACUGUACUCAGGGAUGUAAGGGACCAGAGCUUCAAGAUUGUGAACAUUAUGUUGGUUCCAGCAUUCCCUCCAUUGCUGCAGGAGUGGUUGGGGGCCUGCUUGGUCUGGUCAUGGUGGCUCUGUUGAUUGGAGUGUGCCUGCGGAGAAGGCACGUCAGAAGGAAGCGGACUUUGCGACGUUUACUGCAGGAACGAGAGCUGGUUGAGCCUCUAACACCCAGUGGAGCUGCUCCAAAUCAGGCCCAUCUGAGGAUCCUUAAAGAGACAGAAUUCAAGAAAACUAAAGUGCUUGGCUCUGGAGCAUUUGGCACAGUGUACGAGGGCUUAUGGAAUCCAGAGGGGGAAAAUGUCAAAAUCCCCAUUGCUAUCAAAGUGUUGAGAGAAGCAACCUCACCGAAGGCUAAUAAAGAAAUCCUUGACGAAGCAUAUAUGAUGGCCAGUAUCGACCAUCCCCAUGUUUGCCGGUUACUGGGAAUCUGUCUCACUUCGACUGUGCAGCUUGUCACUCAGCUGAUGACCCAUGGCUGCUUGUUGGACUACAUACGAGAAAACAAAGAAAAUAUUGGUUCACAAUAUCUUCUCAACUGGUGUGUACAGAUAGCAAAGGGAAUGAGCUAUUUGGAAGAGCGCCGGUUAGUACACCGGGACUUGGCAGCCCGAAAUGUUCUGGUAAAGGCACCUCAGCACAUAAAGAUUACAGACUUUGGACUUGCCAGACUUCUGGAUGUGGAUGAAAAAGAAUACCACGAGGAUGGUGGCAAAUUACCCAUCAAAUGGAUGGCAUUGGAAUCAAUCCUUCAGAGGACAUUUACCCAUCAGAGUGACAUCUGGAGUUAUGGUGUGACCAUUUGGGAACUGAUGACAUUUGGGUUGAAACCCUAUGAUGGUAUCCCUGCCUGUGAAAUCCCAAAUAUCCUGGAGAAAGGGGAACGGUUACCGCAACCUCCAAUCUGUACAAUUGAUGUAUACAUGAUCAUGGUUAAAUGUUGGAUGAUUGAUGCAGAAAGCCGACCUAGAUUCCGUGAGCUGACCUCUGAAUUCUCCAGAAUGGCCCGAGAUCCACCACGUUACCUUGUGAUUCAGGGUGAUGAUCGCAUGCACCUACCAAGUCCAAGUGAUUCAAGAUUUUAUCGUACCAUAAUAGAGGAAGAAGAUAUGGAAGAUAUUGUGGAUGCUGAUGAAUACCUUGUUCCUCAUGCAGGUUUCUUUAGCAGUCCUUCCACAUCAAGGACACCCUUAUAUACAUCACUGAGCGUGACGAGCAACAAUUCAUCAACUUUGAUGAACAGAAAUGGACAUCAAGGAAUUCCGAAAAGAGAAGACAGUUCAACUUUACGCUACAGUUCUGAUCCAACAGUUCUCCUUGAUGAAGAUGACCUAAAUGAAUGUUUCCAACCAGCCCCAGAAUACAUCAACCAAACUGAAAGGAAUCAACUUCCCAAUCAUUUGAAAAGCCCCGCCUCUGAUAUGGAAAACCCAGGCUACCAGGAGCUUUUUAUCCCCCUCAACAAGAAUGGUAGUGGGCCCGCUACUGACUCUCAGUAUUUAAAUUCGUUCACAAAUGCAGUGGAGAAUCCUGAAUAUGUGAAUGCUUCUCAACCCGUCGGCAAACCGGGAUAUGACCAUCCUAGUCACUGGGACCAGACAGUGCUUCACAAUGUAAGCUUAGAUAAUCCUGAAUACCAGGAAAACUUUGUUCCUAAACAUACAAAAGUGAACGGUCACAUCAAAGCUGCGGCUGAGAAUCCAGAGUAUCUUGGUAUUGCACUGCCACCCAGAGGUCAAAUAAGCACUACAGUAUGAUAUGUGCAUGCAGACUUUCCACAUCACCUGGUGUCCAAACCCUGUUGGUGAAUUUUAAGUGCAGCUAUGCUGUGGUACUGAUAAUGGAAAUUUCCAUAGGGGAGAGGAAAAGCGAUGAAUGUGAAUAUUUGCUCCUAAGUAAAAACUGUCCUUAAGAUAGUACUGGUGAUGGAACUUUACUCUGACACUUUAAGUUAGGUUUAUAAAACCGAGAAAGGAAAUAGAUUGCAGUUUUUCUUCAGUAGCAUUCCAGAUUUAUUAUGAACACCAUAUUGCAUAGUUGUUAUGUGUAGAUUAUGGCUAAAGAUUGUGUCUUUCAGGCACGAACAUCAGAUCUUGUUUCAAUGCAUAUUUAUACAUCAAAACGAAUAUACAAGUAGUUUAACUUUGAAACACUGUUAGUACUUAAAAUAAAACAGUAAUUGCAGCUCCCAAGUAAUAUGGACAGCUCAGUGGAAUGCGUCCUAAUAUCCAGGUAAAGUGGGCUCUUAAAAACUCAACUAUUCUGGUGUGAUCUGACAAAUGGUGAAAAUGUGGUGGACAUUUCAAAAGUGAAGAGUUUCUCAAAGUGUCCCAUGAGCUUAUGAAUGAAUGUUUAUCAUUGUGAUUUCAACAACUGCAUCUUCCUACUAUCUUUAACACUUAAUAAUUACUAUCAACUUGAGGCAAACAAACAAUUUAAUUAAUCCUCUCAAUUUGCUUUAUACAAAAAAUGCACAAUCUGUGAUUGUUAAGUUGACUUUAUUGUCAUAUGCACAAGUACAGGAAGGUGCAGGUAUAAUGAAAAUCUUGCUUGCAGCAACAUCACAGGCAAAUAAACUCAGACAACCACACAAAAACAAAUUAUACUGUAAAAGAAUAAAAGACAAGAUUGUCAUUAGGUGCAGUAUUAACCUAAACUUCUCUUAUUCCCCAUUCUCAUAAGCACACAUCCUUCACAUUGCACUGCCAUCAAAAUUAUUGCCAUCCCUCUAUAAUGUUUUGGUUUAAACCGUAUUUAGGACCCUCAAAUUCACUCCGCCAUUUUUCACUACACAUUAAUAAUUAAGGUGAAAUUCUGAAAAGCAAUAGAUGAGAAUGAUCAAAAUGUGAACUAAUUCACACGUAGUGAACCAAAAUUAAAUUAAAAUGCUAAAACAUUCAGUUGUUCCGGCAGCAUCUAGCGGUAUAAUUAAUAUUUCCCCUCUCUCACUUUGUUUACUGUAUGUUCAGCUUUCAUUAAUUGAUUUCAUAUUCCGUCGCUGCUAUUAUGGGAUUCAAAAUCAUGCUCCAGCAAGUAAACCAUAAAGCUAUUAAUUCUAUAGCAUUGACGUUGUCCCUGGAAACUUGAUUCUAGGCAGUUCCAUACUCCUUAGUUAUAGCUGUAAGAUGUCAAAGAAUCUUUAAAGUUUGACUGAAAUUAGAACUAAGUACAGGUGCACAAACUUUUAUCCGAAAUUCCAAAUAACGAAAAGCUCCGAAUAGUGGACAUUUUUUCGGUCCUUGAAGAAAGGUCCUUGAAAGACGUUCACCGAGGGCGGCCCGCAGAGGUAACAGCGGAACCUCCGGUCGGUCCUCGAAGAAAGGGGAACUAAAUCCCCAUUCAUAAAAGAGAAGGUGAGGGUAUAUUGCGCGGGAGGGUUAAUAAUUGACAAUCUGCUGCUGCAUUCCCGCUGAGUUAAAAAGUUCCCACGGUAGACUCACGAUACACAGUGUAUCGUGAGUCUUGCGUGUGAACUUUUUAACUCAGCGGGCAGGCAGCAGCAGAUUGUCGCUCCCUUCAAUUUCACCCCACCUACACCCCUCUGCUUCCCGGCCAUGUGUGUGACCCCUUCCCUCCCCUCUCCAGCUCCCCGCCCAUUGCACCGGCGCGGGGGCUUUGCACUGUCUUCACGUCGGCGAUGCCAGCAGGUCAGUGCCAGUCACCGGAGACGUCAGGACCAACGGGACACCGACCCCCAGGCCCACUGCAAGCACGGAGAUCCCAGAGACCCACAGCCAGCAGCAGCCCAGCCCCGUUCCAACUCCAGAGGAACACGCUCCCCGUAGGGACAGAAGCUGAUGGUGUGCAAGGUACGUCUUGUUCUUGGGGUUGCGGAUGAGGGGGCGCAGCUCGGGCUGUGACGUCUCCGGCCACCCCCCUGUACAGGAGCUGAGACUGGGAACUGUACCGGCCUUGCAGGUGAGCAGGAGAGUGGGGUUGUUUGCAGUUGCAGAGGGAGGGGGCAAGGGCGGUACAGUUCCCAGUCUCAGCUCCUGUCCAGGGGGGUGGCCGGAGACGUCAGGACCAACGGGACACCGACUGCAAGCACGGAGAUCCCAGAGACUCACAGCCAGCAGCAACUCUAGCCCAGCCCCGUUCCAACUCCAGAGGAACCCGGGUUGCGGAUGAGGGGGCGCAGCUCGGGCUGUGGGCGAACUGCCACUUGUCGCUGUAGCGGCCCAUCGGGGAGCGGGUUCCUGUUGGUCCUGACGUGUCCGGCCACCCCCCUGGACAGGAGCUGAGACUGGGAACUGUAUCGCCCUUGCCCCCUCCCUCUGCAACUGCAAACAACCCCACUCUCCUGCUCACAUGCAAGGGCAGUACAGUUCCCAGUCUCAGAAGCUGAUGGUGUGCAAGGUACGUCUUGUUCUUGGGGUGGCGCAGCUCGGGCUGUGGGCGAACUGCCACUUGUCGCCGUAACGGCCCAUCGGGGAGCAGAUUCCUCUGGAGUUGGAGGGGGAGGGGGGUAUUGUGCUAUUUGAUCGCCCCCUGCUAUCCCAGGGACAGGGAGACACAGCGGCUUUUGAGAAUGGUGGGCAAUCACUUCCAAAGUUCUGCCCACACAGUCAGUACACCUCUCCUACACUUGUCUCCCGCACUACGAUCAUCUCGCAGAGAAUGAUCCCAGCCUAACCCUCCCUAUUCUCUCCUAUUCUGCAAGAAAAAACUACAUUGAAGACUCAAACUCGCGAUCGAGUAACUGCCGGGAUCGAGGCGCAAACUCGCGACCUUGCGGAUAUGAGCCGAGCACUUUACCACUGAGCCAGCCGUUAAAAUCUACGCUAAAUAUCUUCCAUUCCGAAAGCCGAAAAAUUCAGAAUUGCGAAAAGUGUCUGGUCCCAAGGCUUUCGGAUAAAAGGUUGUGCACCUGUAUAGUAGCUUUAUAUUCCACCUCCUUGUUUUACUGGAACUCGGUGCUUAAGAGAACUGAUGCAUUCUCAACGAGUUCCAAAUGAUGGCCAUUAUGUAAUAUGUGUUUGUGGUGAUCAAUUUGAUAAUGGGAAGGCAAUAUUUGUGAAAUGGUUAAGAUGGCUGAGUUCUAUGGAUGAAGGAUUAUGGAAAUUAAGAUAUCUAAAUGUGUGUUCUAACAAUGUGGAUUGUAUCCCUUUUUUUAAAUUGUGUAGAUUUUGCAGACAAAUGUUGCUGAGAUUUAAUAAUUUUUUUAAAUAAAUGAACUGUUGAAGCACUAUUUGUAUAGAAGUGAAAUUGAAUCUUUUUAUAUGUACUGAUAAAAAAUAAAACAUUAUAUGUAUAUAAAGUCCAAAACCAGAAAAAUGAAAUGUAAAAUGUAAAUGAACAUUUUCAAUCGAUUGUUAAAUAUUUUGAUUGUUUAUCCAAGAUAAGAUGAGCAUUUUAAGAUUUUAAGCACGUUAACUUUUUGGAGAUUUUUGAAUAUUUUAUUUGAUUUAACAGAAGUCUUUUGACUCAAUACUUCAAGCAAUCAGUUAUCCUAAUCUUUCUAUAGUUAGAAAUCUCAGUGAAUCACUGCCAAUCCAUUCCCCAUUAGGGUGGUACUGUGGCGCAGCGGUAGAGUUGCUGCCUUACAGCGAAUGCAGCACUGGAGACCCGGGUUCGAUCCUGAGUACGGGUGCUGUCUGUAUGGAAUUUAUACAUUCUCCCCGUGACCUGUGUGGGUUUUCUCCGAGAUCUUUGGUUUACUCUCCACACUCCAAGGACGGAAAGGUAUGUAGGUUAAUUGGCUUGGUAAUGUAAACAUUGUCCCUAGAGGGUAUAGGCAGGGCUGCCAAUAUUGGGUGAGAGUCAGGAGUUAGAAUUUGUGAGAGUUGGAGGGAGCGUUUGCAUUUUUCAGAUUGAAAUUGUGCAAUCUGGUGCAUACUGUGGUGAGUCUUUUAACUUACACAUGAAUGCAAUAUAUAUGCUUUAAAUUGGAUUAGCUAUGAAUCAGUUUAGGCUAAAUUACAUUCCUAAUUACAUUCCGCAGUAGAGCCAGGCUCUGAUCAACAGGUGCAGCACAUGAAUGAUCUUAGUAUAUUCGUGGAUGAAAAUCAGAUUAUAAUCAAACACUUGGCCCAUGUUGACCAACCUGGGUCUCACUGCACACCUGGUACUACUCCUGACCCUGACCCCAGUUACAUACCUUCUCUCAUUCCUGACCCUGAGUCCAGCCUUACACCUGGCCCCCUAUUCUACCCUGAUCAUAGCUGCUUACCUGCUUAGGUUCCCAGUGCUGAACACUCCCAUUGUCCCAGCUUUGACUGCACACCUAGUACUAUUCCAGACCUUGACUCUGGAUGCACACUUGGCCUUGCUCCUAACCCCUCUGCACUGACAAUAUAUCUGGCCCACACAUAAAUCCCCAUAUCUGACCCGCUGGACAUAACCAAGUCCACAGGUGCUUAUCUAAUGCGGUAAUAUUUUCUGGGGCACUUCGCAGACCAAAUUUAUAACAAAAUUUGCUACAUCCAUUGGCUUCCUGGUUAUCUAACAUGCUAGUUACUUUGUCAAAGAAGUAACCAAUUGGUUGAACAGAAUUUAUCAUCCAUAACAUUAUACUCAUUCAGCUGUAUAAGUAUUCUGUCAACAUUUCCUUCAUUUUCCUUACAAACUGUCCUGAAGUCAUUUUCACCCCCAAUAUCUUCAGUAUUUUGCUAUCUUCCUCUCAGCUGGGACUAAUCCGAAAUGCAAAGUCCAAUAACUAUAUGUUUAAGCAAUAUUAUUAUAUUAAAUGUGAUCUUGAGAGUGCAUAA